AGCAUUGUGUCGCCUGCCAGCCAGCCAGCCAGCUAGCAGGCUUCUCUUGUUAGCUUGUUUCUCAAACUGUAUCGACCAGGCAGGUUUUAAAAGUGUUCUCACACUUGUUGGUAUAGACCUGAGGACGUGUUUAACACAUUACCCGACUUGUGGGUUUGUUGUCUAAUCAAAUAAAUAAGGUGAGACUGUCGGGAACAGCGCAGCUAGCCGGGUAUCAGUGCAGGCUAGUGAAUGCGUUUUUGUAGUAGACCCAGGUUAGCUCGAUAGCUAGCUGAGCAGCGAUAACGCACACAUUUUCUCUUUAAAGCCAGGAGGAGGAAUGAACCAUAAGAGUAAGAAGAGGAUUAAAGAGGCGAAACGGAGCGCCAGACCCGAACUGAAGGAUUCAUUAGACUGGAUAAAACACGGUUAUCAUGAGACUUUCGACCUGUCACAGCUCACCGUAAAGGACAGCGUUGAGCGUGUGGACACCCUCCAUCUCAGUCCUGAAGAGUUCAUCCAGCUCGAGCGGCCUUACAAGCCCGUCGUCCUGCUGAACUGCCAGGAGACCUGGCCUGCUCGGGAAAAAUGGACUCUGGAGCGCCUCAAACGCAAAUAUCGCAACCAGAAAUUCAAGUGUGGAGAGGACAACGACGGAUACUCGGUGAAGAUGAAGAUGAAGUACUACAUGGAGUAUCUGGAGACCACCAGGGACGACAGCCCGCUCUACAUCUUCGACAGCAGCUACGGUGAACACGCUAAGCGGCGGAAGCUGCUGGAGGACUACCAGGUGCCCCUCUUCUUCAGGGACGACCUGUUCCAGUUUGCAGGAGAGAAGCGCAGACCGCCGUACAGAUGGUUUGUAAUGGGCCCGGCCCGCUCCGGCACCGGCAUCCACAUCGACCCGCUGGGCACCAGCGCCUGGAACGCCCUGGUUCAGGGACACAAGAGGUGGUGUCUGUUCCCCACUAACACACCCCGCGAGCUGAUCAAGGUGACCAGAGAGGAGGGGGGGAACCAGCAGGACGAGGCUAUCACCUGGUUCAACGUGAUUUAUCCCCGAACGCAGCAGCCAAACUGGCCUCCGGAGUUCACACCGCUGGAGAUCCUCCAAAGACCCGGGGAGACCGUCUUUGUGCCUGGCGGGUGGUGGCACGUUGUCCUCAACCUGGACACGACAAUCGCCGUCACUCAGAACUUUGCCAGCACGACCAACUUCCCCAUCGUGUGGCACAAGACCGUCCGAGGACGACCCAAACUCUCCAGGAAGUGGUAUCGUAUUUUGAAGCAGGAGAGGCCGGACCUGGCGGCGCUGGCAGACAAAGUGGACCUGCAGGAGUCGACGGGCAUCGCAUCCGACAGCUCCAGUGACUCUUCGUCAUCAUCGUCCUCCAGCUCGUCCGACUCUGAUGCGGAGUCGGGCUCCGAGGGCGACGCCACGUCUCACCGCAGGAAGAAGAGACGGACCUGCGGGACGACGGCCAACGGAGACACCAGCAGCCAGGACGACUGCGUCAGCAAGGAGAGGAGCUCGUCACGGUGACCUCCAGCCUCCACCCGCCUCCCAGCGGUGGCUCCUUCACCCGCCAACACUGAAACAACUGCUUCUAGUCUAGUUUGCCUAAAUGUUUGAAUCCCCGAAUGAAGCGAGUUGUAGGUUGAGGAGGAGGAUCCACGGGGGGCGUGGGCCUGCUGGAGACCCGCCACCACUGUGCUUUUCAACACCAAUCAAUAUCUGUUUGUCUCUGUAGCUUCUGUAGUGUGAGGACAUGGAGACGGGGGUCUCUGAGCUGCUUUCUGAUGCGAGCUUGCUGAGAAACAAUUUUUGAGGCUCGUGACACAUUCGGCCACCAGAAGAGUUGAAAACAAACGGUUUGGGCGUCUCGUUUCGCGUAGGUCGCUACAGCAGUGCAGGCGCUUGUGUUGUCAGAUCUGGACAGGAUUACCAGCACUAACAGCCACAUUUCUGUACGCUUACACAAUAGAAAACCAAACACCUGGGCCUCGAGUUUCACAGGUGGAAAGAAAUAAAUAAGUGGUUAAUAGCGUUCUGCAGCGUGGUGACUCCUCACAGGGCGAGCCGGUGAACUACUGUAGCUUGCGAGCUAACGCGAACAUGCUAGCGCUAAUCAGUCACAACAGCUCUCUGAGCUUCUUACUAUUUUCUCUGUGCUGUCUCGUUACCGCCUGUUUUGCGCCUACUGCUGUGAAGCCAGAGGCCCUGGUCUUCUUUAGGAGUCUGCGCCAAAUGUUACGUCUGCAGAAAACUCCAAUCGUUGGGAGUCGUGUCGUCUCCUCUACCUGCUUUGGUGAUUUGACUUCACGCUUGAAUUUAAGGCGUCACUUUAGUUAGCUGGCCCUUAUGAAAUUAAACAGUUAAAGGCAACACACACAUUUCAGUGUGGCGGAUAGGUAGGUGUGUUUUAGAUUGCAUCAAAUACAGGAGACUGUUGUGUUAAAGCAGCAGCUCGGCCUUCGGGAGGAAAAAACUGCUUCAGUGGAGUUUGUGUUCUCAGGUGGAGGUGGAGGUGGAGUUUCAGCAGCAAAGUCGCCACCGUUUCUGUUGGUGUUGUGCCUGUUUCGUGCCUCAUGCUGCAGACUGUCCAGAGGUGCAGUAGGCUUCCAAAUGUUGAGUCAUAUUGAUUUUCCUGGCAGUCAAAGUAAAAGACAGCAGAGGGCACUACAUCUACCAGAAUGCACUGCUGCAGUUUUAGCUCCCGUGGAUGAGGAGACGUGAUGAAGAGCUGGCGUGUUGCAGAGUUUAUUAGCAUUUAUUCAGGUUCUGCAUCUUGCUGAGUAACAGCUGAGCUUUCAGUUGGUUGUCGGAGACUGCAGCUGAUUAAUAUUUUUAUCAUUGAUUAAUCUGCCGAUCAGAGCUGAAACGUUAGUCGAUCGGUCGACCAACUUGAAAGUUAAUCGGCAGCGGUUUUAUUCACGAUUAAUCGGUUGAGUCAUUUUUAAAGCAAAUAAAUCUGUCUCCAGCUUUUUAAAUGUAUAUUUCUGGUUUUUUAUAUUUUGGUUUUCUUCAUUUUCCGUGAUAAUAAACUGAAUAUUUUAGUGUUUUUGUCGGUCGAACAAAACUAGACGUCUGAAGACGCCAUCUUGGCCUCUGGGGACUCGUGAUGGACGUUUCUUUUACAGUUGCUGACAUUUUAAAGACCGUUGACUUCCAACUAAACUACCAGAAGUACCGGUGCUUUUAUCGCAGGAAAGAAAGGUUGUGGAGUGGCUCGGAUAAUACAUUUGGUGAAUUAUCCAAUUAUAAAAUAAUCAAACCACCAGCCUGAGACAGCAGCAACACCUGAACACCACCUGCUGAGAGUGAGAGAUCAUGAAAACUAGCAGAUAGAUAGAUAGAUGAUAAUAAUAAUAGCUAAAAGUGCUGAUAUAUGGCUUCUGUCACAUAAACUUAACCGAAGCUACUGAAAAACAGAAAGCAAGGAGACGCAGCCUAAACACGGAGAAUUCCUAUGUUUUGUUUGAAUAAAAACAUAUUGCAACAAUAUUUUUACGUAAUUCAAAAAUCCAGUUCAAAAUCAAUUCAGUAAAACAUAUUUGAAAUAUGACGGGUUGGUGUGGACUUGGGAACCACCGUUACAAACCGUCAAUCCAGAAAAUAUUCCCAGAUUCCUUUGAUUAAUCGUUCUUUAUAACGUCAGAAAACAAACGGCCAUCUCUUUCCCUCUUCAGAGGCCUCGUGUCCGACCGAAAUAUUCAGUUUACAACAGAAAAUCCCCACAAUGUGGCAUUUCUGCUUAACGAACGCACUUAAAUAAUGAAUCGUUAUCAAAAUGGCUGCCGAUUGAUUUUCGGUCGAUCCGCUCCUCGGGUCAGCGCUGGCGUCGAAGCUUUGUGCGGCUUUUCGAAGAACUCCAGGCUCCUUAAAUCGCUGAAUAUCCGUGCAGUUCGUGCGAAUCUGUGGCUUUAGACUGAAGUGCCUAUAAAGAAGUGACGUUUGCUGUCGGUGCGACUGACUGUUUCUGUGUUUUUAGCUGUCGUUAAACUAACCGAAAGGCGCUGUGUCGGUCACACGGUGCCUCCCCACGUCGCGCGGACUGAUCUGGGACGAGCUUUAGGGUGGAUGUUGAUGUUAAAUGUUGAUGAAGUGAAUCUGAGGAGCCUCUUCGCACUCAGAUCCCGAUGUGAUCGAUUUUCAUUUUGUUCGUCAAUAAAAUCUUUUCUAUGACUCAAA